UUUCAGGUAAAAAAAGCUCUGUAAAUGUGUCAUCCUAGUUUUUCAGGUGAGAAAACUAUGUAAGCGUGUCAUCCUAAUUUUUGCAUGUCAGGAAACUCUAUAAACGUGUCAUCGCAAAUCAGAAAACUUUAUAAAUGUGUCACUAAAUUCAGUUAGGCUAACUCGAAAAAUACAUAUUAUUACCUUUCUAAUUUAACAUCACAGGAGAUAAUCAAGAACUCAACUCUAUUUUGUAACAGAAAAGUCACCUAACUAUUGUCAUUUCACCUAUAAUAGCAAAUAAUAAAAUUAAACAAUUUUAGAUUAGAUCAAAAGCUCAAAUAUUCAACUCCCAAAUUCCCAAUAUGACAUGAUUGUGGGGAAUCUAUAAUUGAGGGGACAAAAUAUUUUUCAAAUAAAAACAAAAACAAAAAAAACGGCCAAUUUGUAGCGUAUUAAAAAAAAUACCCCCUGAAAUUUCUGUAAUUGUCAGAUUCCCAAUAUAUAGUUUCAUCUUCAAACAAGAAUCACCAGUCGUUCCAAUUUCCCUUGGUAAUUGAAAACCCCUUUGUUUAAAUUCUUUCCCUUUUCUCCUUUCCAAACCCAUUUUUUUUCCUAGCCGCCGGAAAUUUUUUCUUGAAAUUCCGGCGAUUGAUCGGAGAUGGUUCCACCAGAGCAGAUCAACUGGUUGUACGGCUAUAAUUUUGAAGAUAUAGGUGUCCUUGAUGCCAAUUUCUCAGUUUCUGGGUUUUCUUGGUCUAUGCAGGGAUUCAAUGGUUCAACUAGCGCCAGUGUUGAUAUUGAUGGCUCACUUGGUGAAUCAGACUGCCUGAAGGAAAGUGGUUCUAAAAAAAGGACAAGAGCUGAAGUAUGCACCUCGUCAAGUUCCAAAGCUUGCAGGGAGAAGUUAAGGAGAGAGAAGCUGAAUGACAAGUUCAUGGAACUGGCGGCGUUUCUUGAGCCUGGCAGGCCUCCAAAAACAGAUAAGAGUGUCAUUCUAGCUGAUGCUGUUCGUGUGGUGACACAGUUACGUGGCGAGGCUCAAAAAUUGAAAGACACAAAUUUGAAUCUACAAGAAAAGAUAAAGGAGCUGAAGGUUGAGAAAAAUGAGCUUCGAGAUGAAAAGCAGAGGCUGAAGUCCGAGAAAGAGAAGCUAGAGCAACAACUAAAGACUAUGAGUGCACAACCUAGCUUCUUGACUCCUUCCAUGCCCAGUGGUUUUGCUGCUCCAGUUCAAUCUGCAGGAACCAAGCUGGUGCCAAUCAUAAGUUACCCUGGAGUUGCCAUGUGGCAAUUCAUGCCUCCUGCUGCAAUAGAUACCUCGCAGGAUCACGUGCUCCGCCCUCCUGUUGCUUAAGUUUGCUGCUAAACCUAUGAUAAUUGACUUUACUCCGAUAUGUUGUUCUAGUCAAACGCUCUUUAGCUGUGUUAGUUUAUUCGUCGAGUCCUUUUGGUGUAUUUGGUGGAUAAUAGAUGUUUUCUUGUAAUUUUUGCACUUUUAAUGUGUUAAAUGCUGGUUUUAUCAACUGUAAAUUUUAGCAGGUUCAAACUGGCAUUACAUGUA